AUGCACCAAAUAAACAAUUCAAUUAAACCAGAAAAGAAAAAGGGAUCUUACCUCCACUUUCAAAUUUUUUUUUCUGUAAUAAAUUUCGGGUAAUGCUCGAACCGAGGCAUUAGCCAUUUGUGAGAAGAAGAAAAUAAGAACAGAGCAUUUUUUUUUCUUUGUUUGACUUCUUUGAUUGAAGAUGAAGAUGAAGAUGAAGAUUCAAAUGGCUUUAACUGUAGCAUCGAUUCUGAUUUCAAUGGCGGAUUCGAGAGCUUGCGAUUUUCCGGCGAUUUACAAUUUCGGCGAUUCUAAUUCCGAUACCGGCGGAAUCUCCGCCGCAUUUUACCCUACCAUUUUGCCCUGCGGCGAGACGUUCUUCCACAAAACCGCCGGUCGAGGCUGCGACGGCCGCCUCAUUAUCGAUUUUAUCGCGAAGCAUCUAGAGUUGCCCUAUUUAAGUGCAUAUCUCAAUUCAAUUGGAACAAAUUUUCGACACGGCGCAAACUUUGCAACUGGUGGUUCCACAAUUCGACGUCAGAACGAAUCAGUGUUUGAGAAUGGAGUUAGUCCAUUUUCACUCGAUAUUCAAAUUGUCCAGUUUCGUCAAUUCAAAAAUCGUACAAUCGACCGAUAUCUCGAAGCAGUAGAUGACUCCAUAAAAAACACUCUUCCAAUACCAGAAGAGUUCUCAAAGGCUAUUUUCACCAUUGAUAUUGGCCAAAACGAUCUCUCCGCUGGAUUUCGAAAAAUGACAAAUGCCCAAUUUCUAACGACAAUUCCCAAUAUUAUCGAUGAAUUCUCAAGAGCUAUUGAAGAUUUAUAUAAAGAAGGAGCAAGGGCAUUUUGGGUACACAACACAGGGCCCAUUGGGUGCAUUCCGGUGGCAAUUCGUAGCAUUCCCAAUCCAAUCCCCGGAGAUUUUGACCAAAACGGCUGCGUCAGGUACCAAAACGACGCCGCUUUGGAGUUCAACAAACAGCUUAAAGAACGAAUCAUUAAAUUAAGAACAAUUCUCUCAGAUGCCUCUCUUGUAUAUGUGGAUGUGUUUGCAGCUAAGCUCAAACUCAUAGCUAAUGCAAAGGAAGAAGGAUUUAUGGAGAAGGGAGAAAUAUGUUGUGGAUACCACGAGGGCAACAAUCAUGUGUGGUGCGGGAACAGGAAAAUCAUAAAUGGUAGCGAAGUGUACGGUGGAUCUUGUGAUGAUCCUUCCAAAUUUAUCAGUUGGGAUGGGGUCCACUAUACAGAAGCUGCAAACCGUUGGAUUGCCAAUCAGAUUGUCAAAGGCUCCUUCUCAGACCCCCAAAUUCCCAUCACACACGCUUGUCGUUGAUUAGGUUCUAACGAUCGUGAUCUAUUCAUGCUCCUAACGUCUUAUUUACAACAUAUGAAUAUUGAACAAAAGUUUGUCUGAUAACAUAUUUAACCAUAAAUUGC